AUGGCGCUCGCACAAGCAGCCGUAACUCACUAUGUCACCGCCAGCACGGGAAUACGGUUUGCCUACCGUCGCAUCGGACCUGCAAAUGGUAUCCCACUUGCCAUGCACAUUCACUACCGAGCCAACAUGGACUUGUGGGACCCCUUAUUUAUCAACACCUUAGCCACGUUCAGACCUGUCAUCAUCUUCGACAAUGCUGGAGUUGGGCGAAGCACCGGCGAAGUCCCGCAGACGUACCAAGGAUGGGCUGACGACGCCAUUGCCUUCAUAGAAGCCCUUGGCUUGAAGAAGGUCGACUUCCUCGGCUUCUCGAUGGGAGGUUACGCUGCCCAAAUGGUCGCGUUGACAGCACCGCAUCUCGUCCGGAAAUUGAUCCUGGGCGGUACCAGCGCCACGACACCUUCGGCAGAUCACGUUGCGGGAGUCGUCUGGCCACGAGAGAACGCUCCACCAGGUCCGAUCAAGGCACUUUCGGAGGCAGUGACCCGAGAAGAAGGACGCAAAGCUCUAGCCUUUUCCUUCUUCUUUGACGACAACCUGGGUCGCGCAGCUUUUGGAGAAUAUUGGUCUAGACUCCAGCAGAGAACAGUCGAGCCACUGUUGUUGGACUUGCUGGAUCGUGACGCAGGUGCAAAGCGACAGUAUGCGGCGGCUGUUCACGCUUUCACGGCGAGUCCAAGCGGGUCAUUCGACAGGCUGAACGAGCUCAAGAUGCCAGUACUGGUGGCGAAUGGUGAUAACGACGUCCUGAUCCCCUCGAGUCGGAGCUGGGAACUCAUGACACAGAUCCCCAACGCACAGUUGAUAAUCUACCCUCGUGCUGGGCAUGGCUUCCUGUGGCAAUUUGCGGAACUGUAUGCAACGCACAUCAAUAUGUUCCUUGAUGGCACAGAUUUUGACGACCUGGUUCCGAAGUUGUGA